GUUGUAGUUCAUAUCCUUCAUAUUUCUAAAUAUACACAAACACUUUGUCCUUACAAGAUGUCUGAGACAAAGGCUCUUUUGCCUGCAAUAGCCACUUUUGCAGCUUCAGCAAUGCUUCUUAGAAGCAUUGCCAACGACUUCAUCCCUAACGAAUUUCGAAACUUCUUCUUCUCCGGCCUCCACAGCAUUUCGCGCCGUUUCUCUUCCCACAUCACCAUUGUCAUAGAGGAGUUCCAAGGGAUGUCCUUGAAUGAAGUUUUUGACGCUGUUGAAGCCUAUUUGGGGACGAUAGAGAUCGCUUCUCUUCAAAGAAUCAAAGUGAGCAAGGUUACAAAGGAGAAGAAGCUAGCAGUCGCAGUGGAUCGAGGGGAAGAAAUAGUUGAUGUUUUCGAAGACCGUGUUCAAGUAAUGUGGAAAUAUGUUUGUACAAAGGUUGAAUCUUCGCGUUCUUGCAAUCCCGGCGAUCUUAAUGCAUCCCUAAGAUCAGAAAUAAGAUCGUACGAGCUAACAUUCCACAAGAAACACAAGGAGACCGUGUUGAAUUCUUACCUGCCAUACAUUUUAGAGAGAUCAAAGGCGAUCAAAGGAGAACGAAAGGUAGUAAAGCUCUGCACAAACGACCAGUAUGACUGUUAUGCGACACAAGAGGUCACUCUAAAUCACCCCAUGACCUUCGAUAUCCUUGCAAUGGAUGCGGAGCUUAAGAAAGCUUUGUUGGAUGAUUUGAACAACUUCAAAAACGGCAAGGAAUUUUACAGAAGGAUAGGAAAAGCUUGGAAACGUGGAUACUUGUUGUAUGGCCCUCCUGGCACAGGCAAGUCCAGCUUGAUUGCAGCCAUUGCUAACCACCUUAACUACGACAUCUACGAGUUGGAGCUAACCGAUGCUGGUUCCAAUUCUGAUUUGAAGAGAAGGUUGCUAGCCAUGCCUGACAAAUCUAUUAUCGUAAUCGAAGACAUUGAUUGCACAAUCAAGCUGCAAAAUCGGGAAUCUGAGGAUGAAUCGUGUAAUACCAACAGAAAUCAGGUGACACUCUCCGGACUCCUCAACCUCAUUGAUGGUCUUUGGUCAUGUUGUACUGAUGAACGCAUUAUAAUUUUCACAACAAAUCAUAAAGACAAACUAGAUCCUGCUCUAGUGAGACCCGGCCGAAUGGACAUGCACAUUCACAUGUCGUAUUGCACCAUUUCUGCAUUCAAGCAGCUGGCAUUCAAUUACCAUGGAGUUCGCAACGACCAACUCUUCGAGCAGAUCGAAGGACUUAUAUUGGAGGUUGAAGUCACCCCAGCAGAAGUCGCAGGAGAACUAAUGAGGAGCAGAGAUGCUCAAAUUUCGUUCCAACGCCUCAUCGAUUUCUUGCUGGAGAAGAAAACUCAACAAGAUCACAAGGCUAAAACUAAUGAGACCGGUACGAAAGAAGAGCACAACAUGGAAGAGGAGCAGACUAGUUGA